UUUUAUAAUAUAUCAUUUUAAAUAUGGAGUCUGAAAAGACUGCUCUGUUUGCACUUGAUUCUUCUUCUAACUCUUCCAAUAAGCUAGUAAUGGGGAGAUGAGAGUCAGAGGGAAAAAGGGUAUUUGAGAAAACACAGAGUUGUGAAUUAAAGACUGAUGAAUUUCAGUUAAGUCUGUUUUGGUGUGAAAAAGCAAAUUGAGCGGGAAAAGAAGUUGUUUCUUGAAGACCCUUUUCAUCAAAAAGAAUACAUAAAAAAUGCAUUCUACAACGACCCAAUAUGUUGCCUCACGGAGAAUGGGCCUGUAUGAACCAAUGCAUCCAAUUGGCAUGUGGGGAGAUUUCAAAGGUAAUGGGUGUCCCAAUGCAUCCGCUUCCACGAUUCUACAGGUUGAAACCAAUCUAGAUAACCAGUCAGAGGACACUUCACAUGGAACAUUAGGUACUCCUAGCAAAUACGAUCAAGAAGCUAGUAAACCUGUUGAUAAGGUACUGAGACGUCUUGCCCAAAAUCGUGAGGCUGCUCGUAAAAGCCGUUUACGCAAGAAGGCAUAUGUUCAACAGUUAGAAAACAGUAGACUUAGACUGGUGCAGUUAGAACAAGAACUUGAUCGAGCUAGACAACAGGGUUUGUAUGCAGCUGGUGGAUUAGAUAUUAGUCAGUUAACUUGCUCUGGAGCUUUAAACUCAGGAAGUGCCGCAUUUGAAGUGGAGUACGGACGCUGGGUGGAAGAACAAAAUAGACAAGUUAAUGAACUAAGGAAUGCUUUGCAUUCUCACAUGAGUGAAGAAGAGCUACGUCUACUAGUUGAUGGUGGCAUUAACCAUUAUUUUGACCUCUUUCGUAUGAAGGAAACAGCUGCCAAAGCUGAUGUCUUUUACCUCAUGUCCGGAAUGUGGAAAACAUGUGUUGAACGGCUAUUCUUGUGGAUUGGGGGGUUCCGCCCUUCGGAUCUUCUAAAGAUUCUCUCGCAACACAUCCAGCCUUUGUCAGAUGAGCAAGUCUUGAAUGUGUACCACCUUACACAUGCAUGUCAGCAAGCAGAGGAUGCUUUAUCACAGGGAAUGGAUAAACUGCAUCAAUUUCUGGCAGAGUCAGUUUGCCGUGCUCAGCUCAGGGAAGUUAAUUACCCACAGAUGGAAGCUGCUAUAGAGAACUUGGAAGCUCUAGAGAGAUUUGUGAAGCAGGCUGAUCAUCUUCGCCAAGCAACAUUGCAGCAGAUGUCUGGUAUCUUAACCAUCCGGCAAUCGGCUCGAGGCCUUCUUGCCAUGGGGGAAUACUUUGAGCGUCUUCGAACUUUGAGCUCCUUGUGGACUAAGCGUAAUAGCGAGCCUGCGUAAUGAGGAGAGGAAGAUUUAGAUGAUCGUUUGGAGGAUUUGCGAGUCUCAAGUUCGUUUGUUUGCGCUUCACUGAACUACACCUAUCAAACGUGCUCUCAGCUGCUGCCAUUUUUCGAACAGCUUCCUACCGUCAAGAAGUUGUACAUAUAUAUCUGUUUUAAUCAGAGGGGGAGUUUACACUUCAUUUCUGUUUUAAUGUACAUUUGAUUAUAUGUCUUUAGAGAGUAUCAACUUAAUAUAUUUUGGGCCUUUUUGAAGUUUCUAGUCAGAUCAUCCUGUAUUAUAAUUGAAUUCAGUGGUAAAGAAUAUUCCAAGUUCUCCCAACUUUUGACUUC